GACAUUCCGGUGUCCCGUCCCCCCCCCGCGAGUCAUGUGACGGGCUGCUGCCGCUAGUCCCAUGACGCGGAGGAGCCCGCCCGGCUCAGUCCCGGCCCGUCCGCCUGGAAGGAGCAGCAGCAGCCCCUGCGCGCGAUGGGCUGCCCGGAGCUGCGGUGCCUGGCGGCGUGGUGGUGGGGGGUCUCCCUCUGCUCGGCGGCGACCCUCUGGGCUCCGGAGCCGGACCAGUUCCUCGGGGUCCCUGAUGGCUGGAGCCUCGUCGGCCGCGUGGCUCCCUCCGAGCCCCUGACGCUGACCUUUGCCCUCCGGCAGAAGAAUGUGGGGCAGCUGGCCGAGCUGGUGCAGCAGGUCUCCGCCCCUGACUCCCCGCAGUAUGGGCGGUUCUUGUCUCUGGCAGAAGUGCGGGCGCUGGUCAGGCCCUCGGCUCUGACCCUGGACACGGUGCAUAAGUGGCUGGAGGCGUCCGGCGUCCAGGACUGCCGGGCAGUGAGCACUUUGGACUUCCUGGAGUGCCUGGUGCCCGCUGGCACAGCCGAGCAGCUGCUUCCGGGCGCGCAGUUCCACCGCUACGUGAAUGGCGGACGCCACGCCGUGAGGUCCCCGUCCUCCUACACCUUGCACAGGGAGCUGGCCGAGCACGUGGAUUUCGUGGGUGGCCUUCACCGCUUCCCAGCCGAGAAGAAGGUCGUCAGCCGGGCGUGGGCUGCAGAGCGGUCCUUGCCACGACACCUGGCUGCCCUCUCCACCUUUCACCUGGGCGUGACGCCGGCUGUGAUCCGCAAACGCUACAAUCUGACAGAGGGGGACGUGGGAGCCGCUCCCAACAACAGCCAGGCCUGUGCCCAGUUCCUAGAGCAAUAUUUCCACCAGGCCGACUUGGCUGAAUUCAUGGGCCUCUUUGGGGGAAGCUUUGCACACCACACCAGCGUCGACCAGGUUGUUGGGCACCAGGCUGGAGGCCGGGCGGGGCUGGAAGCCAGCCUGGACGUGGAGUACCUCAUGAGUGCCGGUGCCAACAUCUCCACCUGGGUCUUCAGCAACGCAGGGAGGCACGAGAGCCAGGAGCCCUUUCUGGCCUGGCUGCUGCUGCUCAGCAACAUGUCUGCCUUGCCCUCGGUCCACUCGGUGAGCUACGGGGACGACGAGGACAGCCUCUCGCGGGCCUACAUGCAGCGGGUGAACGUGGAGUUCAUGAAGGCUGGUGUCCGUGGGAUCAGCAUCCUCUUUGCAUCAGGUGACUCUGGAGCUGGCUGCCUGAAGACCCCAGCAGGGACACACGUCUUUCGGCCAAGCUUCCCAGCCUCCAGCCCCUAUGUGACUACGGUGGGAGGGACGUCCUUCCUGCACCCCUUCUGUGUGAGCGCUGAGGCCGCCGAUUACAUCAGUGGGGGGGGCUUCAGCAACGUCUUCCCCAUGCCCAGCUACCAGACGGCUGCCGUGAAGCACUUCCUGAGCACAGCUGCCCGGCUGCCCCCGGCGUCCUACUACAACAGCACUGGAAGGGCCUACCCUGACCUGGCUGCGCUUUCAGACAACUACUGGGUGGUGACCAACCGCAUCCCCGUGCCCUGGGUGUCCGGCACCUCGGCCUCGACUCCCGUGGUGGCCGGCAUCCUGGCCCUGAUCAAUGACCGGCGGCUCCAGCUGGGCCGCUCCCCGCUGGGCUUCCUCAACCCGGCUCUCUACCGCCUGCAGGCACCAGUGAACAGCACUGCCCUCUAUGACGUGACUCAAGGCUGCCAUUUGUCGUGCCUGGAUGCCACCGUGGAGGGGCAGGGAUUCUGUGCUGCUCCUUCCUGGGAUCCUGUCACUGGCUGGGGGACGCCAAACUUCCCGGAGCUCCUGCAUGCCCUGCUUGGCCAGUGAGCCCCAGGCGGGCUUCCAGCCCCCCCCCCCGCGGGGACGUGCUGCCGCCUGGAUCUUGCUGGGGGGGCGGGCGGGGGGAGCAGUCCCUGCUCAGAGGGGGGUGUGGCUGUGCUGGUCUCCGGGGCUCCGGAUUAAGAGUCCAAACCAGGCAGAGUUUCAGGGUGGGGGCUGUCCUUUCUGGGGUGGGUGCUUUCUGAAACAGGCAGGCCUCUGCAGAGGAGGGGGGUGGCCCCAUCCUGUUGUGCCAGGGGCACGGUCGCGUCCUAGUGCCAGGACAGAGAGGAAAACGCGCAGGCGCAAGAGGAAAGAGAGGGCUGUUUUAAUCAAACACCGGCACAGAGAGAGAGAGAGCGAGGCGGCUGCUGCUUAGGUCCCCCUCGGCCCAAUCCACUGCGGAUCCUGUUGUGGCAGGGGCCGUGCCCUGGCCACGCUCCGUGGCAGCUGUGUGCUGGUCCAUGGUGAGAUCCAGCUGGCAUUCUCAGAAGGCUGUCUCUGUAUACACGACUUUAGACCAAGCAAGAUACAUCGUAUAGCUUUCUUAGCUAACUAGUCUAUAAUGAGCCCAAAGCAGCUGCUUCUAAUGAGGUGCAGUUUGUUGCUUGGAGGUUUUCAUGGCAACUCUGAUAAGAAGCAGAGCUUGUGGAAACUGACUGGCAGACGAACUUCUGGGACACACUAGAACAGGCAUCCCCAAACUGCUGAACUACAACUCCCAGCAUACCCAGCCACAAAAAAUUGUGUCUAGGGAUGCUGGGAGUUGUAGUUCAGCAACAGCUGGAGGGCCGCAGUUUGGGGACGCCUGCACUAGACCAUCCCACUCCCCGCAAUACGAUGGUCUUCCGGUGGGUGGAACUGCCCCUGCCCAGCGACACCACGCACAGCAGCGUUCCUCCUGGUCUCGGGGACCAGGGCUUGGAAGGAAACGGGGUGGCGGGGGGGGGGGCAGCACACCGGCAUUCCCAACACGACGUGACACUCUGGCGGCGGGGGGGGGGAGUGUGCAGAACCAAACCGCAGUGCCCAUACUGGGCCUCUGAUGCCUGGCCAAGCGGGGGGGGGCCUCUCCUGGAUCUUGCUCAUGACCUGUUGGGUGUGGGGGGGGGAGGCGCCCCCUUGAGAAUCGCAGGGAAGCUCAGCUGGGCAGAGGGCUGGGAGCAGCUUGUGGGCCACCUACCUUAGCCCCUCUGUUUGAUUUUGAAAAGCUGCACAGCUGUGGGGAGAGACCCCAACCUGUGGAACUCCUUGUUGCCAGGAAAGCAGGGGCAACUGCUGCACUCGGGUCAGAGGGAGGCAUGAUUGGUCGGACUCAGACUCGCCCCAGAACGCGUCCCCGGAGGCCAGGCCACGGGGAUGUUUGGGCCAGGGUUGCUGGCUGCAGGAAGGGGCCCUCUCUUGAACCCCACUGGCCUCCUGGCUGAGGCGUGGGAGGGGCACCCCAACCCUCUCGCCCCCCCUCCUGCUGGAGCACCGGGCCAGCUGAGCCGGCCUCUGGGCGGAGUUCCUGGCCCACUGGCUGCUGCGACCGCUGGAGAGGAAGGGUGUCCACCAGGCCGGCGGCUGCAAGGGUGAGGGAUGGGGAGCCUUACCCCACUUGCCUGGUCUUGAGUCUUGUCAUCAAUAAGGGGUUUGGAUCCGGGCUUCAUAGUGCCAACAAGGCAGUGAACAAAACCCGGUAUCAAUAGAUCGUUGGGAAAAAAGAUCACGGUUACAGCUUUGGGAGGGGCAGUGUGAGGCCAUCAUGGAUUUUUCGCCCCCGCCCCCGCCCCCGCCGCCGGCACUGAUCCGCAGGCGCAGUCCUCCUCUCACCAUGUGCGGAGUUCACAGGUGUGCAGAAGCAUCUCUGCACAACCCACCUCUCUGAUGGGAAGGUUCUUGCUUCAGAACUGGACUUUCUAAGAAACGACGACUUGUGGGCGCUGUUGUUGUCUUCUAACCGUGCGGCGUUGGGGUCUCUCGGGCGGAUGAGGGCAGGGGCAGCCCCCGCCGCGUGGCACAAUAAAGACGGGCCGUGCUGCCCUGCGCGCC